AUGCCGAGGAGGGCAGUCAAGGUGCAGGGUGCCCCGAACAAGACGCGCUGGACGCUGGCACAAAGUGAGCAGAGCCUGUUGAAGGAGGACCGCAAGGCGCUCACCCUCAUCACCACGAUGCAGACGAGUGGACCCUACUACGACCAGCAAGAGACGCCUCUGCCGCGGUAUGAGAGCUUCGAUGGCAGUCAGUAUAGUGUGCCGGCGCUUGAUCGCGCCAACUCUGGAGCCUGGAUGCCACCGCGCGGAACAAAUGGUCACUUUGAGGACUUCGAGUACAAUACCCCGUUGGAAGAGCGCGCAAGCCACCAGAUCAGCCUGAAUACGCGUAUGCGUUCGCAUAACCAGGAUGUUGUGGGACACCACUUGCUGUACGAGACUGCCAUGUUGGAUUCACGGGCUUUCGAGAUGCUUGACAUCGCUGAGGUAGAUGCAUUGAAGAAGGAGCAUGCACGGUUAGAAGCCAGAAUCACGGCGGCGAACCGCAAGCUCACCUUAGAGAAUAAGGUCAAGGGUGCCGCACAGAACUUACAGCGACUGUACUCUCCGAGUACCAAAGGGCGACCCGAUACACCGCAGAGCCCGGGUGAAAGUGGGAAGAAAGUUAGAGGCAGCUUGCUGGGGCAUAGAGGACGUGCGGACAGUAAUGGUAGUGGAAAUGGCCAACCGCUGCAUCAGGCUGAGGAUGAGCUUGCUGUUAGUGUGAAGAAGGUUGAUGAUCUGCACGAUACCAUCAAGAACCUGUUGGAAAGGCGCCAGCUUGUAGAACGCAAACUACUUAGGCAUACAGCCGCUGUACUGGUUGAGCAGUCUACGCGAGCCUCACAACAGCGCGACAUUGGCGAUGCAGCUCGUUCCAACAGCCAUGCUCCUCAGCGGCUCACCCGAGACGCUGUGUCCGGCAUCUACGCUCCGGACGAGUUCGACGGUAUUCGAGACAUACUCUCCGGCGCACUUCCAAAUCAAGGCAGGGGCCAGAAGUCGGCUGAUGUGCAGAAGAUGGAAGAAGAACAUGCGCACCAGAUGGCCACCGUUCAGUCGAGGCUUGAGCAGCUCAACGAACAGCUUCGACAAGUUAUUGAUGACGCCCACAGAACCCGAGGUCUGAGCUACGAGCCGGAGGCGGAAGUCAUUGACUUUGACAAUGCGCCGAGUGUCCGGAUAGGACACCGACUUGAUCUGCUCCAGAUUAAGGUGCAGCUCCUGGGCCGGGAACAGCAAGAAGUCCAAGCACACUAUGCGCGUGUUCAGGAAGGUGCUCAUAUGACCCAGACAGCCGUUGAGGAGCAACUCGAGACUAUAAACCAGCGCUUGCACAAUACGUUACUUCUUGGCGCUGGAAUGGAGGACAUGGAGAGUCUCCGCAAGCCACCUACUGCGACUGGCCAUGGCUAUCAGCAGCAGUUGCAGUAUCUCGGUGAGAGUUUGGAGCGGGUCGAGGGUCUGCUGCAACAGCACGCAACUGAGCUGGAUGAGGCACGUGAAGCGGCUAGUGGCGCAAGCCGAGGCGUCGAGGAGGCCCGCGGUAAAGCCGCGGCGCACACGAAGAAGGUCGACGAGUACGAGGCAACACUAGGCGGGUUAUGGCAGAUCUUACAGUCAGACGCGACGACCCGCAGACCAAGUCUCGUAGACGGAAGCGAAGAGCGUCACUCGAACAGCUCCACCGCAUCUCUCAAAGAGGACUUCUCUCUACAAGCCUUCAGCGCUCAUGUGCAACACUUGUUCGAUCGGACACAGUCAGCGCGAGAACAGCACGACAUCCUCCGUCGCCAGGUGCAGCAACAGCGUGAACUCAACGGCAAGUCGGACGCGGAGAAGGACCAGCAAAUCACAGAGCUGCAGGGCAGGCAUGAUCAGCUUGCAACCGACCAUGGCGUAGUUCAGGAGGAGCUCAUGAGAGUGAUGGCUCAGCACGCGCAGGCUGAGAGCAAAGCAAGUCAAUCAACUCUAGAGCUGCAGAACUCGAUGAACGAGUACGAGGACCUCAAGCGGACCAUAGAUGCUAGGCAGCAGGAACGUGAAGAAAUGGUCCGCCAGCUCCGAACGCAUCAGGAGACUGCUGCAAGCUUGCAGCAACGCGUUGAGGAGCUCGAGACUCAGGUCGCUGAAAUGACGGACAAUGUUCGCCUUGCCAAUGUGGAAACUGCAGCGAAAGCGACGGAAGCUGAGAAGAAGCAUAGAGAGGUCUUAGAACAGCUGGCCGCCGCUACGAGUGCCCAUGGAGAACUCGAGCAGCGCCAUGCAGAGGUUCAGCGGGACAUUGGCUCAGAGCUGACAUCCGCCGUUAGCGCUCGGGAAGCAGCUGAACAGCGUCAUGCGGACUUGCAGAGGGACAUGGAUGCUCAGCUCACAUCAGUAACAUCUGCUAAGGAAACUGUUGAGCAGCGCCACGGCGAAAUGCAGGAGGAGAUGGAGACGCUCAAAUCCGAGCUAGUCCGGUUGUCCACUGAACUCACCAUGGCCAGAGCCGAACUCGAUGGGGCGUACGGCAGCCGCGCCGAGCGCGCUAAGGAGGCGCAGACUGCGGAUGUUGCAGGUCUUAGCGAGCGUAACAAGCAGGUCUCGGACGAACUUCAGAAAUUGCAAGCAGAACAUGAGGGGCUGCGAGGCCUGCAUGACACCUUGACUGGCGAGCAUGAGGAGCUCAAGGGUACGCACGAAGCUACGCUGGCGCAGGUCGAGGGUUUGAAGACGCAAGCUGGGAGCUCCGAGCGGACGAAGAACCUAGAGGCGGAGCUGACUGAGAUGACGGACGCGUUUCAGGAGCUUACGCGGGAGUCUGUUGAGCUGGAGAAGGAGAGACAUCAGCUUGAAGAUCUGAUCGACGGCUUGCGCGAUCGUUGCGAGACACUCGAGGGUCAGCUUGGCGACGAAAGAGUUCGAUCGCUGGGCAACGACCCCAGUCCAAGCACUUCUGCGGCUAAUUCAAGGCCUACGUCGAAUGGGGUCAGAGAGACCACGAGUACGAUGAUUCUCCGCCAGGAGUUCAAGAAGAUGAUGAGGGAGUCGAGAGCGGAGGGCAUCAAGCUGUUGCGGGCCGAACAAGAACACCGCCGCCACCUCGAGAGCGAGGUCCGCCGCCUGCGACAGGCUAACGGUCCGCUCGCAAAGGCGUUGCCUAACGGGAUCGGUAGUAUCAGCGCCGCUAGCACGCCACCUGCCCUGCCCGCCACAUAA